GCUGAAUAUCGCUAUGAGUAAAGAAGAAAAGAAAUGCCUAUUUCUCUCUUUCUUUCUUUUUAUUAAUUUAUAUAUCUAUUCUACAUAAACUAUUAAAGAUCCAAUGGUGCUUGGCAAACUUGACAUCAAAGUUGAUAUUAAACUAGACGAAGAUAAAAAGUAUUUCCCUGGCGACACAAUACCGGGAAAAAUUAUACUUAAAGCGAACCAAAACCACACACUUCGAAAAUUAUGGUUGAUAUGGACAGGACGCAUUCAGGUACAGCCAAGAGAAAAUGAGAAGGAGAGCCAUGAUUAUUUUGUAGACUGCUGGAAACUAUGUUCUCCAAUAUUUAAAUCGCCUGUUCGAAUAGACAAGAAUAUACCCAUCUACCACACAGCUUUUGUAAAUUAUUCACCGAACGAAAACACCAACGGUGACGAAUCAGAACCAAUGCUGCUAGAAUUAGCCAAGAACAAACCAGUCGCAUUUGCAUUUGAGGCCAAGGUGCCAGAUGAUAUUCCCUUGCCGAGCUCAACCAAGAAUGAAUUCGCAGCUCACAAGAUUGUGUAUUAUCUCGAAGCAUUUACAGGAACAAGCCAUGUGUUCUCCAAGUCGAGAACUAUACCAGUGUAUGAGCCAAUUUAUGUGAUGACACCGUUGAUGAUGACCCCGCAAAGAGCAGAACGUGUAUUCUCUGUUGUAGCAAACUCAAAGCACUUUUGUAUAUCAUCUAUGCAACUGAUCGUGCCUUGCCAGGGUCACGUUCAAGGCACGAUUGUUCCCAUCUCGAUUACAGUACAGAGUGAGUAUGAACUGACUCGUAAACAAGGAAUUUCAGUGUCUUUACUGCGAACACAUGAAGUCAUGGUGAACGGAAGAAAGUUUUCAUCAUUUGUAGAACCCGUUUCACGAUCAGUUGGCGACCUCCACUUGACAUCCCAGAAUGGCAAUCCAUCACAGACGAUUGAGAUCAAAUUACAGAUUCCCAAAGAUGCGGUGCCGACGAUCGCGAUGGAACAAAGUAAAAUCAUGGCUGUGAAUUAUUAUAUCCGAGCCCUUGUGUAUGCUCAUGAAGGCACUUAUAUAUCACAAGAUCUUCAGGAAUCGCAAUUUAUGUCUGCUGAAUUACCAUUUACCGUCGGCACACUGAAGGCACCACCUCCCGCCUUAAGUUCGCCUCCUACUUCACCACAGACAUCACCUGCUUUAUCAGCAAAAAGUUUGAGUAGUCGAAAUGCUAAAAAUGAUCCGAUUUCUUCAUUAUCAACAGUCAGUGUCACCAAUAACACGACAACCGCUGGCUCCGAAAGCAUUCAUAAUAAUAGCAGCAUUAUACUCAAUCGACGUAUAUCGGCUGAAUUAAAAUCAAAUAAUCUAGUUCCUUCAUCCUCUACCAACACAGUAGUGCCGAAUGAAGUAGGAAUGGAUGAUAAAAAGGAAAAACUAUCCACAGUCGGAAGUUUAUUCAAAAGACCAUCCUCCGGAAAGAUAUCCGGCGAUAAAAACAAAAGCAAGACAACAAAUAAACGAAAUAUAUUUUCUAGUUUCUUUAGCAAGCACACAAAGAAAUCAAUUGAACAAAAUGACAAAAUGACAGAAUCAAACAUUGAGCAUACUGACGAAGCGGAGAAGCAAGAUAAAAGGGUUGAGUUUGAUGAUGAAGCGGAGAAAGAAGAUAUAAUAGAAAAAGAAGAUGUCAAGGAAGAAGGAGGAUACAGUAAUGUUAUACAUUACAGACCCUUUGCUGAUUCUGAUUCAGAGGACGACGAUAAUGCUGCGGAAUUGACUAUUUUAAAUAAACCGGAUGAGAUACAUGUAUCAGAGGCAAAGGAAAAGCCUCACUUAAAAGAGUAAAUCACCUUAUUUGAAGAGUGACGUGACAAAUGAAAUUGGUUGAGUUUUAAUCGAGUGUACUUUGUUUUUGUUAUUGCUAAUCUUGCUCCAUCUGUUUGAAAUGAAUGUCAAUCAAGAGACACACAAGUAUGUUCAAGCGAAUAUUGCGCAUAAUAAUAGGCAGCUACAAUAUAUAAGAUCAUGCUUUUCAGCCAUAUCAGGAUCUGCAGCAGGAAUAUUGGGUCUUCAAAAUUGGAAUGGAUUUUUAUUCUUUGCUUUGAGUUGGAUGAUAUUGAAUGGAAUGAUAUUGACUAUCAAGGCAAGAAAAGAACAUUUUAUUAAUAUGAAGGCAUUAUUCUUGGAUGGAGCAAUAGGUGGAUUGUUAUCUUUUCUAUUAUUUCAUACUUUAUUAUAUGGUCUUGUAUAUUUAUAUCAAUAAAUAAAAUAUGGUCUUACUUUUUUGAAAGACAUUCACCC